CCUGCGGGAGCCAGGAGCCAGCCUCGGGCCACCUCCAUCUGGCCCCACCGACCCUCCGGGGCCCAGGCUCAGCCAAGAGCGAGCUGCCCUCGGAGGCCGGCGAGGGGAAGAUGGCCCAGUCCACGACCACCUCCCCCGAUGGGGGCACCACGUUCGAGCACCUCUGGAGCUCUCUGGAACCAGACAGUACCUACUUCGACCUUCCCCAGUCAAGCCGGGGGAAUAAUGAGGUGGUGGGUGGCACAGAUUCCAGCAUGGACGUCUUCCACCUGGAGGGCAUGACCACAUCUGUCAUGGCCCAGUUCAAUUUGCUGAGCAGCACCAUGGACCAGAUGAGCAGCCGCGCCGCCUCGGCCAGCCCCUACACCCCGGAGCACGCCGCCAGCGUGCCCACCCACUCGCCCUACGCGCAGCCCAGCUCCACCUUCGACACCAUGUCGCCGGCACCUGUCAUCCCCUCCAACACCGACUACCCCGGGCCCCACCACUUCGAGGUCACUUUCCAGCAGUCCAGCACAGCCAAGUCAGCCACCUGGACGUACUCCCCGCUGUUGAAGAAGCUGUACUGCCAAAUCGCCAAGACAUGCCCCAUCCAGAUCAAGGUGUCCACGCCACCGCCCCCGGGCACCGCCAUCCGGGCUAUGCCUGUCUACAAGAAGGCGGAGCACGUGACUGACAUCGUGAAGCGCUGUCCCAACCACGAGCUCGGGAGGGACUUCAACGAAGGACAGUCUGCCCCAGCCAGCCACCUCAUCCGUGUGGAAGGCAAUAAUCUCUCGCAGUACGUGGAUGACCCUGUCACCGGCAGGCAAAGCGUCGUGGUGCCCUAUGAGCCACCACAGGUGGGGACAGAAUUCACCACCAUCCUGUACAACUUCAUGUGCAACAGCAGCUGUGUGGGGGGCAUGAACCGGCGGCCCAUCCUCAUCAUCAUCACCCUGGAGACACGGGAUGGGCAGGUGCUGGGCCGCCGGUCCUUUGAGGGCCGCAUCUGCGCCUGUCCUGGCCGCGACCGGAAAGCAGAUGAGGAUCACUACCGGGAGCAGCAGGCCCUGAACGAGAGCACCGCCAAGAACGGGGCCGCCAGCAAGCGCGCCUUCAAGCAGAGCCCCCCUGCCGUCCCCGCCCUGGGUGCCAGCGUGAAGAAGCGGCGGCAUGGAGACGAGGACACGUACUACCUGCACGUGCGAGGCCGUGAGAACUUCGAGAUCCUGAUGAAGCUGAAGGAGAGCCUGGAGCUGAUGGAGCUGGUGCCGCAGCCGCUGGUGGACUCCUAUCGGCAGCAGCAGCAGCUCCUCCAGAGGCAGAGCCACCUGCAGCCCCCGUCCUAUGGGCCAGUCCUCUCGCCCGUGAACAAGGUGCACGGGGGCAUGACCAAGCUGCCCUCUGUCAACCAACUGGUGGGCCAGCCUCCCCCGCACAGCUCAGCUGCAACGCCCAACCUGGGGCCUGUGGGCCCCGGGAUGCUGAACAAUCACAGCCACACCGCACCGACCAACGGUGACAUCAACAGCGGCCACAGCGCCCAGGCCAUGCUCUCGGGGCCCCACUGCACUCCACCACCCCCCUACCACGCCGACCCCAGCCUUGUCAGUUUUUUAACAGGAUUAGGGUGUCCAAACUGCAUCGAGUAUUUCACCUCCCAAGGGUUGCAGAGCAUUUACCACCUGCAGAACCUGACCAUCGAGGAUCUGGGGGCCCUGAAGAUCCCCGAGCAGUACCGCAUGACCAUCUGGCGGGGCCUGCAGGACCUGAAGCAGGGCCAGGACUACGGCGCCGCACAGCAGCUGCUCCGCUCCAGCAACGCGGCCACCAUCUCCAUCGGCAGCUCCGGGGAGCUGCAGCGCCAGCGGGUCAUGGAGGCCGUGCACUUCCGCGUGCGCCACACCAUCACCAUCCCCAACCGCGGCGGCCCCGGGGGCCCCGACGAGUGGGCAGACUUCGGCUUUGACCUGCCGGACUGCAAGGCCCGCAAGCAGCCCAUCAAGGAGGAGUUCGCGGAGGCGGAGAUCCACUGAGGGCCCCGGCCGGGCCAAGCCGCAGAGACCCGAGCUGCCGCCCCUCUCCUCCAAAACGGCCUCAGGAGGCAGGGCCUUCGGCUGUGCCCAGAAAAGGCAGGUCCGGCCAUCCCCAGGCGCUUCCCCGGCCCCGGGAGAGGCCCUGCCCCAAAGCCACCUGCCCAGGAUGGCCUGAGUUGCCUGUGGAACCUUCUGGAGCUGUGGGGCAGGGGCCGACCCCCUCUCUCAGCCCUGCCGCUGCCCGUGGGCUCCGUGGUGGGCGUGGGUGGGGCCUGCAAUGUCAGCUCCGUCCUCAGGCCUCAUCCGAGGGACUCUGUCAAGUGAGGUCCUCCCAAAGGAAAGGAUCUCCUUCGCUGACGGACUGCCAAAAAGUAUUUUGUGACAUCUUUUGGUUCUGGAUAGCAGUGACCAGCCAAGUGACUGUAUCUGAAACACACGUAUUUUCAGGGAAUGCGUCUCCCCUGCGCUGGGGGCUGGGGACUCUCUGCCAGACUUGGGACAGGCCUCUCUGCCCCCAGCAUACUGUAUUCUGCAGGACCGACCCCUCCUGCCCCAAUCGACAGUGUUGCUGAAACUGGAGAGAACUGGGGAGGGCGCCACCCAUCCCGGGCGCGGGCAGCAGCUGGGGCCGCCUCAGCCAGCGCCCUCUGCCCAGCCACACUAGCCUCUCCUCGGGGCCCCUCAGCAGACAGGGACAGCCUGUCCUUGGAGGACUGGAAAUUGUCAAUGUUUCAUAAACUGAUCCACUUUUCUACA